AUGGCGGCAACCUUGGGGGCAGGAGGGCUCAGGGACUUUCUGGGCUACCUGGCCACAGUUAAGGGCGACCUAUCCAACAUCACAGCCCCGCCGUUUCUUCUUUCACCCAGGUCCGUCACGGAAAUGCCCGUGGCCUGUGCUGAGAGGCAAGAGCUGUUCCUCGCGCCAGCUCACGAGGACGACCCUGAAGUCAGGGCCCUCCUCGUGCUCAAGAGCUUCCUCUGCAGUCUCAAACGGCAAGGCUAUCACGCCACCAUCGCUUCUUCUCCUUCUACUUCUUCUUCAAGUCUCGGCGGCGCCAAGAAGCCUCUCAACGCCUUUCUGGGGGAGCUCUUUCUCGCCAAGUUCCUCCCCAGCGACAACUAUCGGCGUCGUUCCAUCUCGUCUGUUAGCAACGGACGCGCCAACAGCGUAGGCAGCGACACAUCUGUAAACGAAACCACCGAGGAUGACUCGGCCACCCUGCUCUUUGUUGAGCAGGUGUCACACCAUCCCCCAGCCACGGCGUGCUACACUUACAACAAGGCCCACGGCAUGUCAUCAGAGGGUUACGUCGCGCAAGAGACGAGCUUCAGCCCGACGAGCGGUGUCAGAGUGUCGCAGGUCGGCUACGCCAUCGUCCGGGACACGGUGCACAACGAGUCACAUCUCAUGACCCUCCCAACGCUGCUGCUCAAGGGCCUACUCACGGGCCGGCCAUACCCGGAGCUGGAUGGCUCAUGCUACAUCUCCUCGAGCUCCGGAUAUCUCGCGACCGUCGGGUUCUCGGGUACGAAUACCUUUGGCAUGGGCAAGCGCAACAGCUUCAACGCCAGGUUGUGCAGUGUUCGCGAGGAAGGAGACAGUAGCAGCAACAAUGCCUCCGUGCCCGCCAACAAGCGGCAACCAAUCUACGAGAUUUCCGGCCAGUGGACAGGCAAGAUGACCAUCAAGGACGGCCGGACGGGCAAGGUGGUCGAAGAGUUUGACGUCAACGACGUCCCCAUCUCCGAGGCGCAGGUCGCGCCCCUGGAGAAGCAGAGUCCUUGGGAGUCGCGGCGGGCGUGGCACGAGGUCAUCGAGGGAAUCCGGAUGGGCAACAUGGAGGCCAUCGCCCGGAGGAAGGCGCAGAUUGAGAAUGCCCAGCGGCGCAUGCGCGAGGUGGAGAGGAACGCGGGCGUCGAAUGGCCCAGGAUGUUCUUCCACAAUAAGCAGCAGCCGAUCUUGGCCCGGGCCAUUCCGGACGAGAGCCUGCGUAGUGUCGAUCCCAGCCGCACGGGCGGCGUGUGGAGCUUUAUCGGCAUCGGCCCUGCGAUGGCCAUCUUGAGGGACGGGUUGCAUUUCAGGUCGUUGGAACCGACGACAGAGCUUGAUGUUUGA